AUGAGUCGCAGCCCACCCCCUGUAAGGCGGCAAGUGGAUCAAGAGCCUAGCCCAUGCUCAACUGCAGUCCCCGGCCCUGCACCAACUAAGGACAUGAUCUCAACCCCCGAAAUUCAGAAAUGGAUGGCCCAAAUAGAACACUGUUUGAAUGAAAUAUGCACUAUUGCUGGUGAUGGGAAACUUAACACUGAGCAAAAGCUGAAAAUCAGCAACAUUAGCAGGUCAGUGCUUGGAGGUGCCUCUCAGAUGGCUGUGCAAUACCAGUCUCUGAAACAAAAAUAUAUUUCGGCCAGUACUUUGAUCAAUGCUUCGGACGAGCAAGUUAAUAUCGCUGCCCAAUUAAAAGACCUAAAAAACUGCGUACAAUCUGUGCCUAGAGCAUCACCAUCUAACCAAUCUUUUGCUGAUAUGGUUAGAAAAGGAGGCAUGCCCCUAGUUUGUCCUUCGAAAACGAGCAGUAUCGCUAUUUACCCUGCUAAUAAAGAUACAUCAAGUGACGUUACCAAGAAAAUUCUACAGAACUUAAUAAAGCCCGAGGAACUGAAACUGCAUAUCAGUGGUAUGCGGAAAACAAAAGGUGGUGGUGUAGUCAUCAGCUCAGAAAGGAAAGAUGAUUUAAUAAAGCUGAAACAGUCAGAACAGUUAAAAACAUCAGGACUGAAAGUAGAAGAUGCUACUAAAAAGCGGCCAAAGGUUAUAGUCCUAGGCGUUCCCUCCACCAUCUCAGAUAAAGACUUAUUGGAGUGUUUAUACGAACAAAAUAUAAGUGAUAAGCACCCCAGCCUCACCAGAAACACUUUAGAAAGCUCUAUAAAACUUAGCCAUAAAUCAGGCAGAAAGAACGAGCCCACCUGUAACUAUAUUUUUGAAGUCACAGCUCCCAUACGGAGGACACUAAUAGAACAGCAGCGUGUCUUUAUUAAUUGGACCUCCUGCCCGGUAAGAGACUACACAAUAGUAACUAGGUGCUAUAAAUGCCAGCAGUACGGACACUCCGCAAAGUUCUGCCGGGAUACUGAGUCCACGUGCGGCCACUGCGGUUGCACAGGUCACUCGAUCAAGGAGUGUUCUAAGCAUACGGAGCCCGCGAAGUGCGCCACCUGUAUACGCUUCAAUAAACCCGCCAACCACAAAACAGGAGACGAGCAGUGUCCAGCUAGGAAAAGCGCAGUAACCAGGUACAUAGGUACUAUUGAUUAUGAGGGCGCCUAG